GUUGUAAUGGUAACGGAGAGCGAGAUAGCCGCCGCAGGUAAAAGAUCAAACUCAGUCGGCGGCGCGUGCGUUUCAGUCAGUUUGCAGCGUUCGCCGUGCACAGAUCAAAAACCAUAUCAGUGUAACUUCAGACGCACCAUUCCGGUCGGUUCUAGCAGUCAGGAGCAAAGGGAAUAAAGCAGACGAGCAAGCGAUGCCGGAAGUAGAUCUGAAUAUAGGGAAGCUCCACCUUGUGCUGGAGAUGUACAAAAUGGCCAGCAAUCCCGAGAACGACGGUUUGCAGUGGAGUGCGGACGGCAGUCUGCUAAUCGUGAACCUGCCGGCACUGGCCCUCCAUUUGAUACCGAUCGUCGACGAGGUGAAUCCGCUCAUCUGGUUCCUGGAGCUGAUGUGCGGGGCCGGCUUCGUGCAGUGCCCGCUGGAGACGGUCGACGAGGCGGAGUACAACACGCCGCCGGAAACGACGCUCAUCUUCUGGCAUCCUCAGUUCCACCGCCAUAAUCCCUGGUUUAACUACACCUGGAUCGGCCAGCACGAUGCGAACCCGCAGCAUGAGGAGGAGUAGCCUCACCAAGGAUGCCGGACAAUGUGGAGUAGCCGGGCCGCCGAUCCUGCAAGACGUAAGAGCAAUCGAACGGUCCGAUUCGAACGAACAACAGAGAGAUGGAGACCGAUGACGAAAGGAUUUAGUGACCGGCGCAGAUGUUAAGAAAUUCGGCACUCGAGACACUCCAGCAACAGUUACACCGGCUUUGCGAUGGGCGUACUGUAGUUUGGUCUAGACUUAGUUAUUAGAGCAUAGUUUAUUGAUUGAAAAACCCAUGUUUUAAGACGACAGAAAAACACAACGAGAGAGAGAGAGAGAGAGAGAGAGAGAGAGAGAGAGAGAGAGAGAGAGGGCCAGAAAAGAAGUAGACAUAGUUUAGGCGAGAGCAAACCCUAUCGGAAGCAGACACAUUUUGCUGUGAUGGGACGGAUGAAAGGAUUCACGUUUCGCUAGCGAUCACAUGGGGGAUGCGCCAGGCCGGAUAUGAAGGGCGCGCGAAUAGCGAAAAAAAAGGGGAGAACACCAUCAACUUAUCUGUAAGCUCUUUCAGCAACUCUACUAUCAAUAAAACGGCUGCCGGCUGAAGAAUAGCGCGCGAUGUAUGUAUUCUACCAGCUACAUCAUU